UUCUUCUCCGCAGGCCUCGUCACCGUGCCCACGGCUGCCUUCGCAAACAUCACGCCCGACCACUCGCGCCUCGGCACGCGCAUCGGCAUGUCGUGGGGCGGCAGCAGCAUCGCCUCGCUGAUCGGCGCCCCGAUUGCCGGCGCCCUGCUCAAGCGCACAAACGGAGCCACGGAUUUCAACGGCGUCCAGAUAUGGAGUGGCCUCUGCUUGAUUACGGGCUCUUGCUGCUUGUUGCUGCUGUGGUUUUGUACCGUUAGACAGCAGAAGACGGGGUGGAGGGUUUGA